CCCGUGACGCAAUGACGUUCGGACGCUUCCGGGUUGUCGCUUGAUGCAAUCAGCUGAAAGCGCAGCUCGCGGCUGGUGGAGUUGCAGUCAGGGGUUCGAGCUGGCGGUCGGGGGUCCGAACUCCUCUCACACCUGCGGGCUUUUCUGUUGGAUGAAAGUUCACUCUAGUUCCUUAAGUUGAGGACAACAUCAUGGCCAGCGCUUCUCCUCCUCCAUCCCAACCUCCACCUCCUCCAUCCCAACCUCCUCCUCAGUCAUCCAGCUCUUCAACCACAGACACCACAGGGAGCGGCUCUGGCGCUCAAUCGCAGGGAGAAACCGGCAGCCAGGACAGCACGUUCGAGUGUAACAUCUGCUUGGACACUUCCAAGGACGCCGUAAUCAGCUUAUGUGGCCAUCUCUUCUGCUGGCCUUGCUUGCAUCAGUGGCUGGAAACGAGGCCGAACAGACAGGUGUGUCCGGUAUGUAAAGCGGGAAUCAGCAGAGAUAAAGUGAUCCCGCUGUACGGGCGAGGCAGUACGGGUCAGCAGGAUCCCAGAGAGAGGACGCCUCCCAGACCUCAAGGCCAGAGACCUGAGCCGGAAAAUCGUGGCGGAUUCCAAGGAUUCGGUUUCGGGGAUGGCGGCUUCCAGAUGUCCUUCGGUAUCGGAGCUUUUCCCUUUGGAAUUUUUGCAACAGCAUUCAACAUCAACGAUGGAAGACCACCUCCAGCAGCUCCUGGAACACCACAGCACACGGACGAGCAGUUCCUGUCCCGCCUCUUCCUGUUUGUAGCGCUUGUCAUCAUGUUUUGGCUUCUCAUCGCAUAAAUCAGGAACUCGUCAGGACACGAUGACGGUCCCGUCACGUCUUUAUGGAACUGAUAGUUAAGCCACAGACAGUGAUUACUAAAGUUUCACUAAUGGAAACGUUUUUUUUUCUCCCCUAUUACACCGUUGGACCUGCACCUGGUUUUAGACGGCGGUUUUAAUGUUUGGAAUGAUGUGCAUGAUGGCGUGCGUUGUGACCUGAUUUUGAUACUGUAAAUCUGAUUUCUUGGAAUGGAAUUUUUUUGCCCUUGUAAAAUCUCUCACUGCUCAGAUAUAUACAUUUUAAUAAAAAAAUAAUCAGAGUCUUA